UGUUACUUGCUUGACCCACCAACUGACGGUACAAAAGCCUGGACAAGAGUCGAGGCCAUGCCCCUGGUGGUGAAAUGGCCGUUCCCACAGUGCCCACCUCUGGGCUGGAGGAUAUCCAGCUCAUUCGUGAUGGGCAUGGUGGGGUCAUACAGCUAUUUAUGGACCAAGUACAUGAAUUCUCUGACGGUGCACAACCACGAGGUCCUGUUAAACCUGGUGGAUAAGCGACCCCAGGACAUUCCCCUUAUCACCGUGUCCAAUCACCAGUCCUGCAUGGACGACCCGCACAUCUGGGGGGUGUUGAAGCUUCGGCACCUAUGGACCUGGAAGCAAAUGAGGUGGACCCCGUCGGCCGCUGAUAUCUGCUUCACAAAUGAGUUGUACUCUCGUUUCUUCAGCAGGGGGAAGUGUGUGCCGGUGAUUCGAGGUGAUGGUGUGUAUCAGAAGGGAAUGGACUUCCUCAUAGAGAGACUCAAUCAGGGCGACUGGGUUCACAUGUUUCCGGAGGGAAAAGUGAACAUGACGGAGGAGUUUAUCAGGUUUAAAUGGGGAAUUGGUCGUUUAAUUGCUGAGUGCUCGCUUCAUCCAAUCAUUUUACCUCUGUGGCAUGUGGGUUUGAAUGACGUCCUUCCGAAUGAAACGCCGUACAUCCCUCGAUCAGGAAAGAAAGUGACCGUGUUGGUUGGAAAGCCCUUCACAGUGAAGCACUUGGUGGAAGCACUGAGAGUAGAAAACACGAGUCCGAUGGAAAUGAGGAAAGCGCUGACGGACUUCAUUCAGGCCGAGUUUCGCAGUUUGAAAUUACAGGCCGAAGCGCUUCAUCAGAAGAUGCAGGUCACGCAGUGAUCUCAUAGAAAUGCUGGAUGAAACGUCUCGUGUAUUAAAACAGAUUUGCCUUAAAAGGAAGCGAACAGGCCAUCAGCAGUCACGUCAGAAGGAAGCAAUAGCGAUGAACUCUCAGGACAUGACAGGACGCAUUUCAGUCCGAACACGCUGUGAUCCGGCUCUGCAUGACGAUGAUUUUGUUUUUGAGACAUGAAGAGCAUGAGUUUGACUGUGCUGACCAAGAAAUGAUGUGUAAAGAUUUUAUAAUCAUUUUAAUAUUUUGAAUGGUAAUUUUCAUACUGGAAUGUCAUUACUGCAAAAACUUUGAAUCUAAAAGAAUCACCUCAGUAUAGGAUUGUUCUUGUAUUUUUUUAAAUGAACAUGUACAAAGUGGUACCAAUAUACAGAAUAAAUCAUGAAUAAGUGAAGCUU